UUGUGGAGCUGGGCGUGCGGGGCGGCGGGGGCGGGAGCGGGACGGAGGGUGUGCGCGGGGGGCGGGAGCGGCGCGGAGAGCGUGCGGCGGCCGCGCGUGCAGUGUGACGGGGCCGAGCUGGCCGGCUGGCUAGCCGCCGCCGCCGCGCACGCGGCGCGCCUGCACCGCGACCUGGCGCACACGCUGCGCGCACAGGACGAGCCCUAG